GGCGGCGGCAGGAGGAGGAGAGAAGAGGAGAGCAGAGCCGAGAGAGAGGAAGUGGAAACAUCGGCGUGUCCGGAGCGGAGCGCGAGAGCAGGACGUCCGAGCGGAGCGGAACGGAACGAACGGAACUGAAGAGAGAGACGAGACGAGGAGAGAACAGAGAGGAGGGGAGCGGAGCAAAGUGCGGACACCAGCGCGGUUGUUGGAUGGUGCGGGAGGCUCCGCUUGCAGCAGCAGCAGGCCUGAAUGCGAGCAGGGCAGCAGUGAAAGAGGACACCGCGCUGCCAGCAGCAUGCCGCCGCCCGCCGACAUCGUCAAGGUGGCCAUCGAAUGGCCGGGGGCCUUCCCCCGACUCAUGGAGAUAGACCAGAAAAAGCCCCUCUCAGCCAUUAUAAAGGAGGUGUGUGAAGGGUGGUCUCUGGGGAACCCGGAAAACUACGCUCUCCAGAACGCCGAUUCCACUAACUUCUACAUCACGGAAAAGAAUCGCAAUGACAUAAAAAAUGGUUCCAUUCUGAGACUGACCACAUCUCCGGCGCAGACGGCCCAGCAGCUGCACGAGCGCAUCCAGUCCUCCAGCAUGGACGCCAAGCUGGAGGCGCUGAAGGACCUGGCCAGCGCCUCGCGAGACAUCACCUUCGCCCAGGAGUUCAUCAACCUGGACGGCAUCUCCCUGCUCACCCAGAUGGUGGAGAGCGGCACAGAACGGUAUCAGAAACUUCAGAAGAUUAUGAAGCCCUGCUUCGGGGACCUGCUGUCCUUUACACUGACAGCCUUCGUGGAGCUCAUGGACCAUGGAAUUGUCUCCUGGGACACCUUCUCCGUGGCUUUCAUCAAAAAGAUUGCCAGCUACGUGAACAAGUCAGCAAUGGACACUGCUGUGUUGCAAAGAUCCUUAGCCAUCCUGGAGUCGAUGGUUCUGAACAGUCAAGACCUCUACCAGAAGGUGGCGCAAGAGAUCACGAUCGGGCAGCUCAUACCACAUCUGCAAGGCACGGACCAGGACAUUCAGACGUACACCAUCGCUGUGAUUAACGCUCUCUUUCUGAAGGCACCCGAAGAGAAGAGACAGUUUGAUGAGAAUGUCAACAUCCUUGAUUGUCCUCUGACAGAAAUGGCGCACAUCUUGGCUCAGAAACAGCUGCGAUCCAUCAUCCUCACUAACAUCAUUCGCAGCGCCAGGCCGAUCAACGAUGAGAUGGCCCACCAGCUCUACGUGCUUCAGGUGCUCACGUUCAACCUGCUGGAGGACAGGAUGAUGACCAAGAUGGAUCCGCAGGACCAGGCCCAGAGGGACAUCAUAUUUGAACUUCGCAGGAUUGCGUUCGACGUCGAGUGCGAGCCCAACAACAGCGGGAGCAUCGAGAAGCGCAAGUCCAUGUACACGCGGGACUACAAGAAGCUGGGAUUUAUUAACCACGUGAAUCCAGCUGUGGACUUUACCCAGAUCCCCCCAGGAAUGCUGGCGCUGGACAACAUGCUAUACCUGGCUAAGCACCACCAGGAUGCCUACAUUCGGAUCGUCUUGGAGAACAGCAGCCGCGAGGACAAGCACGAGUGCCCCUUCGGCCGCAGCAGCAUCGAGCUGACCAAGAUGCUCUGUGAAAUCCUCAAAGUUGGAGAGCUGCCCAGCGAGAACUGCCACGACUUCCACCCGAUGUUCUUCACCCACGACCGCUCCUUCAAGGAGUUCUUCUGCAUUUGCAUCCAGCUGCUCAACAAGACCUGGAAGGAGAUGAGGGCCACGUCUGAAGACUUCAACAAGGUGAUGCAGGUGGUCAGGGAGCAGAUCAUGCGCGCUCUGGCCGCCAAGCCUAACUCCCUGGACCAGUUCAAAAGUCGCCUGCAGAACCUCAGCUACACGGAGAUCCUGAAGAUCCGUCAGUCCGAGAGGAUGAACCAGGAGGACUUCCAGUCGCGCCCCAUCCAGGAGCUGCGGGAGAAGAUCCAGCCUGAGAUCAUGGAGCUGAUCAAGCAGCAGAGGCUGAACCGGCUCUGCGAGGGAACCUGCUUCAGGAAGAUCAGCUGCCGGAGGCGGCAAGACAAGUUCUGGUAUUGCCGCCUGUCGCCAAACCACAAGGUCCUGCACUACGGAGACCUGGAGGAGCACCCACAAGGGGAGGUGCCUCACGACUCCCUGCAGGACAAGCUUCCGGUGGCGGAUAUCAAAGCGGUCGUGACGGGAAAAGACUGCCCGCACAUGAAGGAAAAAGGAGCGCUCAAGCAGAAGGAGGUGCUGGAGCUGGCUUUCUCCAUCUUGUAUGAGUCAGAUGAGUACUUAAACUUCAUCGCUCCCGAUAAGCACGAGUACUGCGUGUGGACGGACGGCCUCAACGCUCUCUUGGGGAAGGAGAUGACGAGUGAAUUCACCAAGUCUGACUUGGACACUCUGCUGAGCAUGGAGAUGAAGCUCCGCCUCCUGGACCUCGAGAACAUCCAGAUUCCCGAGGCUCCGCCCCCAAUUCCCAAAGAGCCUAGCAACUAUGACUUUGUUUACGACAACUAACCACCAACUGGACCAAUAAUUUCUACUGGAACAAACUGUUAAUGAAUGACUGCAACGAGAAAGAACAAAAAUGGAUCAGUUUAACUUUUUUUUUUUUUUUUUCCUUUUUCUUUUCUUGCUACAGUUGGAAAACUUUUUUCUUUUUUUUUUUUUUAAAGCUGUAUUUUAAUGUAUUGUCAGCACUUAACAACUGUGCAGAGAGGCAUGAUUCGGAGUUCCGGGGGCUCCGACGCUCACGCCUGAGACGAGGGACCAAGAGCUGAGCGGUUCCACGUCUCCAUACGUUCGGUUCUCUUUUUCGUCGAAUAUACUGCGUGAAACGUGAAAAGUCCGUAUUGGAACAUUUUCUGGAGGGGGAGGGGGGGUGAUGAACAGGGGGGGUCGUUGGCUGCGGGGGUCUUGCCCUGCAGCGAGAAAGUGGCAGCUGUGCGUGUGAAGGGCAGAAGGGAGCUAUACAGCUUUCAUCUUCCCUUCUUCACACCUUCGCACACACCUUGACCCAAGCUUCACGCAGACCGUUAAAUGAAGCGCGUCUCGAGCCCUUGCGCUAACGUGCACGGAAAACGCAUCCGUUCUUCGCCCCAUUCCCGGCAGUAGCACUCCAAAGCAAUACGGGCUUCUCCCUCCCUCCUCACGCGUCGGGCCAACUUCAGCGGUAUUUGCGAGGCUGCCGAGCGCUCGGUUGUUGCAACGUUGUUUCCGUGUCGAUCGCAGCGAGUCCCUUCGCUUCGGCUUCGCCCCCCUUCCCGCUUCCCGCUUCCGCCACAGUUCUUACCGCCAGUUCGGACAAACGCGCAUUUUGAUUUCAAACGAACCCGGUUGUCAGUUAUACUACGACUGUUCCCCUAUAAAACCAUUACAGUGUUUGUUUGCGUUAAAUGCCCGUUAAAAAAAAAAAAGAGUUCGCGUUAAAAUCGGUGUGAAAGAAUCUCGUUCACCUUUGUUUGCCCUCUCUUUGGCUCAUCAUGUUGGUUAUGUUUGCAGGUUGUUCUUGUGUCCUGAUGUCAAGCUGAGCUGGAAAUAAGAUACCCUUUUGCUGUCUCCGUCUAUGGGUCGGUAAACAUGACGUUGAAUAUUAAGUUAAAUGUUAAGUUAUCUUUACUUCCGCCUACGAUAGGGAUUUGUACAAUUGUCAGGCUGUUGCUUUUUUUUUUUUUUUUUUUUUUUUUUUUUAACGUUAAAGCCCAUGUCUGCGCCAGUUGAGCACCGUUUGUUUUUACUGCCUUCCUUGGAGGCAAAUGUCAGGAUGGAGAGAUGCAGAAGUCUGAGAGCGUGAGAGAUCUGGAUAAAACCAUGUUCAUGAAGAAAUAAAAUGUUACAGCUGUGUUCAGUAGUAAUCGCUUGUUUCGCUCUUCACCGUCCCGGAGCAGUAAAAGCGCACGGCGUGGCAAUAAUUCACGCGCGCAGACGCACACGCGCGCACACACUCCGUGGAGCAGCUGGCUCGGACCCUGCUGCGCGGUAGGGGCGCUGUGCACCAGUCUGCUAAUUGGAAAGCAAACAACUUUGCAUUUAGUCCAGAUGUUUUUCAUUAAUCUCUUUAAAACGCCAAAUCUGGAAGUCGAUAUUCCAAACUCGGUGUAUGCAUUUGCUGACACUUUACUCCAAAGCAACCGUCAAUGAUUUUACCCCAUUUAUACAGCAGUGAAAUU